AUGUGGUCGGCAGGAGCGGCGGCGGCGCGCGCGGUAUCCGUGUCCGUGUCCCCGGUCCCGACGCCGUCGCUCCUCAGCGGCCGGCGCGGCGGGCCGCGGGGCGGCCGGGGGGUGGUGUCCUUGCGCAGCUCGUUGUUGGACUUCGUGGGCGGGGACCUGGUGCGGCCGGACCUGGGCAAAUGGCUGGACGACGUUGAGAAGCACAAGGCGCUGGCCAUCUACCCGCCGCACGAGGGUGGCUACGAGGGCCGCUACCUCAACCGCCUCCGCUACCAGGGCUACUACUUCCUCGACCUCUCCGCUCGGGGGCUCGGCGAUCCGGAGACCACGCUCACCAAGGUCCACCCCGUCUGCCCGCCUAGCCUCGGCAGGCAGCCGGUGGCGCGGUGGUACUUCCCGCCGGAGGUGGACUACAGGCUCAGCCUGCUGCAUCCGGACGCCAAAGGCCUCGUCGUCUGGAUCAUGGAAGCCAAGGUUCUGUCCAAGGCCGAGCUGCAGUUCUUGGCCAUGCUCCCAGACAUCCGCCCCAAAGUUAGGGUGAUCGCAGAAGCCAGCAACUGGAGAAGUUUUGUUUGGAAGCCACUGAAGCAAAUUGCAGGCCUUGAGCCGAACCCGGACGCGGAAGAAUGA